AUGGAUCGUGAAAGUUCAGUGUAUGGCAUUGAAAGUACUUCUAGACAAAACACUGGCACUUCAACGUAUAGCAAUGAGAAAGACUCAAUGAGUAACACUGAGAAAUGCAUAACGCGCCCUCCAGAAUUACAGAAAGUAUAUGAUUCUUUGAAUCAACAUCAAAAAGACCUGUACGGGAGUCUUCCUACCCGGGAGGCAGAAGCCCUUUUAACAUUGAUUUUAGAAGAAAAAAAACGAGGG